UUAGACUCACCGAUUUGAUGGAGAAGUGGAGGAAGUGUAAGAAAGGACACUUUGCUGUGUACACCAGAGAAGGCAGGAGGUUUGUUUUGCCGUUGGAUUAUCUCAAACAUCCAAUCUUUCAGGUCUUAUUGGAGAUGGCAGAGGAAGAGUUUGGUUCCACCAUUUGUGGCCCUUUACAGGUUCCUUGCGAUGGAGGUUUGAUGGAUCACAUCCUCAUGUUGUUGAGAAACAGGAAUUUGUCUGACCAUGAUGAUGAUGGUGGUGAUGAUGGUGUGAAGAAGAUGAACCAGGAUGUGUCCCCCAUGAGCACGUCGUGCAAGGGAGCUUCCUCGGUUUCAUAUUUCUUCCCUCUCUUUCGUUGCAACGCAGCUCAUGAUCAGAGCAAGCUCCAGUCUCUAGUUUUUUAACAGUUUAUCCGUUGUGGAGAGUUCUUUU